GCCAUGACUGCGACUCUCGCCGCGUCGUCGUCCUCGACCGCCUCGAAGGCGACCAGCUCCGUCACGGCCGCAUCGCUCGACACGCUCGCCCCGCACGAGGUCGACUCGCUGUACCGGCCCUUCCUCGCGACCAAGAACGCCGCCGACGAGCCCGACUGGACGGCACACCUCGAGCUCGACACGGUGCGGCAGAUGGUGCGCGACGCGAGCGAGCAGCGAGGGCAGCCGCCGAUCAAGGUCCUCGUCCUCUACGGUUCUCUGCGAGAACGGUCGUUCUCCCGUUUGACCGCGUACGAGGCCGCGCGCAUUCUCGCUCUCGCCGGCGCCGACGUGCGCGUGUUCGACCCGACCGGGCUCCCGAUCAAGGACGGCGUCUCGGAGAAGCACCCGAAGGUGCUCGAGCUGCGCGCGCUCAGCGACUGGUCCGACUCACACUUCUGGGUCUCGCCCGAGCAGCACGGCACCAUCACGGCCGUCUUCAAGAACCAGAUCGACUGGAUCCCGCUCUCGGUCGGCUCGGUGCGGCCGACGCAGGGGCGCACACUCGGCAUCUGCCAGGUCAACGGCGGCAGCCAGUCGUUCAACACGGUCAACGUGCUGCGGCAGCUCGGCAGGUGGUGUCGCAUGUGGACGAUCCCGAACCAGUCGUCGAUCCCGAAGGCGUGGACCCAGUUCACGUCGUCGGACCGGCUCAUGCCGUCGUCGAACCGGGACCGGCUCGUCGACGUGUGCGAGGAGCUGGUCAAGGCGACGCUCCUCCUGCGACCGUACGUCGACCUCCUCGGCGACCGGUUCUCGGAGCGCGAGGAGAAGCGCGAGCACGGGCGGUUGAGGACGCAGGCAGAGACCGAGGCGGCCAAGAAGGCGAGCGAGGAGGAGAAGCGGAAAGUCGACGAGCAGGCGAAGCGAGGGUCCGAGGUCGCAUGAGCGGUCGUCGUAGAGGUUUGUAUUGACAUAGAUGCACUCGUGACCGUG